AUGUUGGAUGUAGAAGACGACAGCUUUCACGUCACACGUGAAGGCUACCCUCAUCUGAGUGACUCAGAAUGGGAGACGGUCUGCCGCACGAUUGUGCUCGUGGGCGAACCCGCCAUCAGUGGUAUGUUGGAGUCUCUAAACAGAGACCAGCAACAUACUGCUAUCAACAAGUUCCUGCAAGAAAAACUUGCCGUCCAACGACAGAAGAUAGCCUUGCUACAACAGCAAGGCUCUCAUCAGUCGAUGAGCGGGCCAGCGCACGCGCGUCGACCCGAAAUCUUGAAGAUUGAUAUAUCAAGGUACAAGGGAGCCGAUGAAGACUCCCUUUUGAGAUGGUUCAUCGAGUUAGACGAUGCCAUCAGGGCCCGUCACAUCAAGGGUGACGAGAUGCAAGUCACCUUCGCCCCGUCCAAUUUGACAGGACGAGCAAAGAUUUGGGCCUUAGGUCUCAAGCUUCACAAUCCAAAACAUGUUUGA